GCAUGGGCCUAUUCCACACGGAUAACAUCCGCGUCUUUAGCGGGUCUGACUUUCACUGGCUAAGCAGUCCACAGUCAAUCCCAGUUUUGACGCGGUCGCGAUGCGAGGGAGCGGGACCCAGGAAAACUACAAGAACGUCUCGCUCGAUGUCCAACAACCUCAGAGAACAGUCUCCUAUCCACCCCUCAUCCAGCCUCCGCAUACAACAACGCAGCAAUGGUUCAAAUCAACGGCAAGGAUGUCGGUCGCAUUGGCUAUGGUCUCAUGGGUUUUACCUGGCGCCCCGACCCCAUGCCCACUGAGCAGGCCAUCGAGGUCAUGAAGACCGCCCUCGAGGCCGGCUGUAACUUCUGGAACGGCGGCGAAGUAUACGGCACCCCCGAGUAUAACUCCCUCCACCUCCUCAAGGCGUACUUCACCAAGUACCCUGCGGAUGCCGAGCGCGUCGUCAUAUCCAUCAAGGCGGGCUUCCCGCUCGACGGCACGCGCGAGGGCGUGCGCCGCGUUGCGACGCGCUGCGCGAAGGUGCUAGAGGGUAUCAAGCUCAUCGACGUCUUCGAGUGCCCGCGCAAGGAUCCGAAGACGGAUAUCGAGGAGACCGCGGCGGCGAUGGCCGAGCUCAUCAAGGAGGGCAUCAUUGGCGGCUUUGGGCUGUCGGAGGUUGGCGCGGAUACGAUUAGGCGCGCGGCAAAGGUGACGAGGGUGGCGGCGGUAGAGGACGAGCUGUCGCUGUGGACGCCUGAUGUGUUGAGCAACGGCGUUGCGGCGGCGUGCGCGGAAAACAACAUCCCCAUCGUCGCGUACUCACCCAUCGGUCGCGGCUUCUUGACCGGCCAAAUUAAGACCCUCGACGAUGUACCCCAGCGUCUGAAGCACUUCGGCUUCCCGCGCUUCCAGCCCGGCAACUUCGAACACAACCUCAAGCUCGUCGAGGAGGUCGAGUCCCUGGCGAAGAAGAAGGGCGUCAAGCCCGGUCAGGUUGCCAUCUCGUGGGUCGUGGCGCUCAACGAGCAAGCCGGCCACCCGCCCAUCCUUCCCAUUCCUGGUACGAUCUCCAAGGAGAGGGUGUUGGAAAACACGACGCUCGUGGAGUUGACGGCAGAGGAAUUGAAGGACCUCAAGGCUAUCACCGACCGUUGCAACGCAGUGGGAGAGCGAUACGGGACGGCUUUCGCAUCCUUGAUGUGGGGUUAAAGAGGGUGUUAUGGACAUGUUAGAACCAACAAUGUAGUCUUUCUCUCGGGGUUUCAAGAAUACAAGAAGUUCAAAGUUGAGACCAUGCAUGUAGUCGACCUGCGAGC